UACUCUCGGGCUGGAUGCAGCUAUGAGUUUUCCCCGGUGUCCUGGAGCUCCUAACGUCCUCACACUGCUGGUUCUGCUCAUACAUGUGCUUUCAAGCGCUUUAGCCAAGAGACACGUUGUCUACUGGAACUCCACAAACACGAGGCUAACAAGUGACGACUACUCCGUCCAGGUGAAUCUGAACGAUUACCUGGACAUCCUGUGUCCUCACUACCCACCCGACUCCCCGCUGCCAGGCUCACCGGAGACGCUGGCGCUCUACCUGGUGGCAGAGAGCCAGUUUCGGGGUUGCCAGGAGACAAAAGGGGCGAUAAAGCGGUGGGAGUGUAACAGCCCCCACGCCCCCUUCGGCCCUGUAAGGUUCUCUGAGAAAAUCCAGCGUUUCACACCUUUCUCCCUGGGCUUCGAGUUCCUUCCAGGACACCACUACUACUACAGCUCUCUGUCCACAGAUGAUGGGCCCCCCCUUCCUUGCAUGAAGCUGAAAGUCACUGUGUGCUGCGAGCCCACAACGACUGGAAAAAAGCCGGAACAAGUUAAGGAAAGUCCAGCUCCCCGCAGUGGUGCUCAUCCCGGAAGAUCCAGUUCACUCCCUGUCCUUUCUCUUAUCCCUCUGUUUCUUGUUCUCUUUGUAUGAUCAUUGGAAGACUCAUCCCUAAUGAAGCUAAGAACCAACAGAUACCAACAGAGCAUCGACACAUCAACGCUGACGUAACAAAACCUUGUAUGGUAACUUUAUAAGACAAUGUUGUUCUAGUAAAAAAUCCACUGAUUAUUGAAAAAAUUCUGAAUAAUUCACUUGUUGAGAUGUACACUAAGUCAUUCAGAGUGGAUUGAUGUGACAUGGUACAUUGCAGAAAAGCUUACCCACCAAUUUAGUUACAGUGGUGGUGUAUGGAACCAGGGGUUGUCAUGUCUACAAUACAAAUAUAGCCAUUUUAUUUACUAUCCAAAACCAUCAGUGAACCUAUAUGUAUCUUCACUAUCUUAUGUGAUAGUGGUAAAGUUACCUUUGGGGAUUGUUUUGCCUAACAGCACCAUGCAUGUAGUUUGCGGCUGUGAGUGGACUUGAACUGUAUUCGUAACCUUUUUAUGUAAUAGUUUUCAUAACCAUUUCAUAACCAUAUUAAUACAUUUCUGUGAGAGAGCUUUUAGAGGCAUUAAACACUACCAACAUCUGGUUCCCAUCGCCACCACUGU